AUGUUCAAUUUAAGUAAGUUGAGAUGUUUUGAAUGGUGCGUCCAAAUCCCUCACAUAGGCAAUUUAACUUCGCUCCAAAACCUCAAUGAAUUUUGUGUGCAAAAGAAGAUGGGCUAUGAGGUGCGACAGCUGAAAGACAUGAACAACCUUGGAGGCAGAUUAAGUAUCAAAAAUCUUGAGAAUGUCGUUGGGAAGGAUCAAGCCGUGGAAGCAAAGCUACAUCAGAAAAGUCAUCUUGAGAGAUUGCACCUUGAAUGGAGUUACAAUGAUGACAUGGCUUCACAUGAUAGUUCACAUUUGGAAACUCUAGAAGGUCUGGUACCACCGCCUCAAAUUAGGGGCCUUACUAUCAAAGGUUACAGAUAUACAAAAUACCCAUGCUGGUUACUUGAGGAUUCUUAUUUUCAGAAUUUGGAAUCACUUGAGCUUGUUAAUUGCAGUGCCUUAGAAAUCCUACCUUCCAAUGCCACUCUCUUUGGAAAUUGCACCUCACUUCGCCUUGAGAAUGUCCCAAACCUGAGGAAAUUACCUUCUCUUCCUGCCAACCUUAACGUGUUAGUGGUUGAGAAAUGCAGGUUGCUUAUGUUUACUUGCAACGAUGAGCUAGAAAAACUUGACCAAAGGGAGAACCCCAUGAUGACAUGCAGCGCGAAGUCACGGCUUUCUUCCAUGUGGAAAGCAGAUUCCAGAUCAAACAUCAGCCGUAACGUGUUGUCAGAAUAUUCAUCUCUGAGGCUCUUCCUGAUAUUGAUGGAUGCUGAUACUUCUCAUCUUCAAGCUAUUGAAAGUGCUCUUGAAAGAGAGGGGGAUGAAGUAUUGGUAAAAGAGGAUAUAAUCAAUGCAUGGAUGUGUUGCCAUGAGGAGAGGAUAAGACUCAUUUGUACAAGGAACAUCGGCCUGCCACUGGUUCCACCAUCAGGGCUUUGUCGACUUGAACUUUCUUCAUGCAUCAUUACAGAUGGAGCAUUAGUUGUUUGCCUUGAUGGUCUCACUUCACUGACACAUUUUUCAUUGAAAGAGAUUAUGACUUUAACUACACUUCCGUCACAAGAUGUCUUCCAACAGUUGACAAAGCUUCAGUACUUGUGCAUCGACUCAUGCUGGUGUCUUAGAUCGGUAGGGGGAUUACAAGGUGCUACCGCUCUUUCUGAAAUUUCAUUAUGGGGUUGCCCUUCUUUAAAACUGACACGUGGAUCAGGUUUUUUGCCAUUAUCCAUUGAGAGGCUCAAAGUAGAACACUGUGUGGUUGGAGCUGAUUUCUUGAGCAGUGACUUGCCACACCUGAAAGAUCUUUCAUUUAAGUGGUGCAGAGGCUCUUCAUUUUUGACAGUUGGUCAUUUAACAGCCCUUGAAUCAUUAUCACUACAAGAUUUGCAGGAUUUGUGCUUUCUUGAAGGUUUGUCCUCGCUGCAACUUUUCGGCGCACAAUUUGCAAAUCUCCCGAACCUCAAUAUGAAGUGCAUCUCACAGUUACAACUCCAGAAUUACCUCGUGGUUAGCAGCCCCAUAAUGCUCAGCCACAUACUCUUAGAUGAAGGUUUUACAGUUCCAAGACAUAUCAGAGUUGAAGAGUGCAAUGAGGAAUCAUUUCCAUUUGAAGAAUCAGCAGAUUUCUCAUCUGUCAAGCACCUGUCAUUUAUGUUUUGUGGAAUCAGUUCAUUUCCAGAUCUGAAGGGCUUUUCAUGUCUGAUGUCGCUCCAAAUUGUUGGAUGCCCCAAUAUAUCAUCUUUCCAAGAUUUGCCACCCUCUCUCAAGACCAUGAUAGUAUGGGACUGUGAACUCUUGAAGGAGAGCUGCCGAGCUCCUGAUGGAGAAAGCUGGCCAAAGAUUGAGCAUAUCCGCGAAAAAGUUUUUAUUUAG